GCACGCGCGCAGGUGCGUGAGGCCCGCCCGCCGGGUCCCUGCAGACGCGGACCCGCCAUGGAGCACAUCCGCACGCCCAAGGUUGAAAAUGUCCGCUUGGUAGACCGAGUAUCUUCCAAAAAAGCAGCCCUGGGUACUUUGUAUUUGACGGCUACUCAUGUCAUAUUUGUGGAAAAUGCACCUGAUACAAGAAAAGAAACAUGGAUUCUCCACAGUCAGAUUUCCACCAUUGAAAAACAGGCAACAACCGCUACUGGCUGUCCUCUGCUUAUUCGCUGUAAGAACUUUCAGAUUAUACAACUUAUCAUACCACAGGAAAGAGAUUGCCAUGAUGUAUACAUCUCUCUGAUACGCCUUGCAAAGCCAGUGAAAUAUGAAGAGUUAUACUGCUUUUCAUUCAAUCCCAAGCUGGAUAAAGAAGAAAGAGAACAAGGCUGGAUGCUGAUUGAUCUCAGUGAAGAAUACAAGCGAAUGGGCCUCCCUAACAACUUUUGGCAGCUCAGUGAUGUGAAUAGAGACUACAGAGUUUGUGACUCUUAUCCUACUGAACUGUAUGUUCCCAAAUCAGCUACAGCACACAUCAUAGUGGGAAGUUCCAAAUUCCGGAGUAGACGGCGAUUUCCUGCCCUUUCCUACUACUGUAAAGAUAACCAUGCCUCCAUCUGCAGGAGCAGCCAGCCCCUGUCUGGUUUUAGUGCCCGGUGCCUAGAGGAUGAGCAGAUGCUACAGGCCAUCAGGAAAGCCAAUCCAGGAAGCGACUUCAUUUAUGUUGUGGAUACUCGUCCCAAACUUAAUGCAAUGGCAAAUCGUGCUGCAGGGAAAGGCUAUGAGAAUGAAGACAAUUAUUCCAAUAUCAAGUUUCAGUUUAUCGGGAUAGAGAACAUCCAUGUCAUGAGGAACAGUCUGCAGAAAAUGCUGGAAGUUUGUGAACUUAAGUCUCCUUCUAUGAGCGAUUUCCUGUGGGGGCUGGAAAACUCCGGCUGGUUGCGGCACAUUAAGGCCAUCAUGGAUGCAGGACUCUUCAUUGCCAAGGCAGUUUCAGAGGAAGGGGCAAGCGUGCUUGUUCACUGCUCUGAUGGCUGGGACAGGACUGCUCAAGUGUGUUCAGUGGCGAGCCUGCUGCUGGAUCCACACUACCGGACUCUAAAGGGCUUCAUGGUAUUAAUUGAAAAGGACUGGAUUUCGUUUGGCCAUAAGUUUAAUCACAGAUAUGGCAAUCUAGAUGGUGACCCCAAAGAAAUCUCACCAGUAAUUGACCAGUUCAUUGAAUGUGUCUGGCAGCUAAUGGAACAAUUUCCCUGUGCCUUUGAGUUCAAUGAGAGGUUUCUGAUUCAUAUUCAGCAUCACAUUUAUUCCUGCCAGUUUGGAAACUUUCUGUGUAACAGCCAGAAGGAGAGAGUAGAACUCAAAAUUCAAGAAAGAACAUAUUCAUUAUGGGCUCACCUGUGGAAGAAUCGAGCCGACUACCUGAACCCUCUGUUUAGAGUUGAUCACAGUCAGACCCAGGGAAGCCUUCAUCUCCCUACAACUCCAUGCAAUUUCAUGUACAAGUUUUGGAGUGGGAUGUAUAACCGCUUUGAAAAGGGGCUGCAGCCCCGACAGUCCGUUACGGAUUACCUUAUGGCAGUGAAGGAGGAAUCCCAGCAGCUGGAGGAAGAGCUGGAGGCUCUAGAAGAAAGACUGGAAAAAAUUCAGAAAGUACAAUUAAAUUGCACUAAAGCAAAGAGUAAGCAGAGUGAGCCCAGCAGACACUCAGGGUUUUCCACCUCAGAUAACAGCACAGCGAACACUCCCCAGGAUUACAGCGGGAACUUCAAGUCAUUUCCUUCCAGGAGCCCUUCACAGGGUGAUGAGGAUUCUGCCCUGAUUCUAACCCAAGACAAUUUGAAAAGCUCAGACCCAGAUCUGUCAGUGAACAGUGAUCAAGAAUCUGGCGUGGAGGAUUUGAGCUGUCGGUCUCCAAGUGGGGGUGAGCAUGCACCAAGUGAAGACAGUGGCAAGGACAGGGACUCUGAUGAAGCUGUGUUUCUCACUGCCUGAAGUUUUCCUCUGGAGUUCCAGAGCAAAGGACCACAAGAAACACUUCCAAAAAUAAGGGAACAGUGCAAUUCAAAAUAGUUUAAGAAAUGGGACAUGUCAUCCUGGAUUAUAAAAUGUAGCUAUGAAAGUGGAAAAAGAAAGACUCUUAGUUUCUUUAGAUGUUGAAUAACUAGAAGUCACCAAUUCUUUUAUCAAGUAUAAAGAAAAUUAUAUAUCAUUUGGAAACUUCCUUGUGACCAUGAAAUUCAUAUUCCUACAGAGUGAUUCCUUGAGGUUAAUAUAAAUCUUCUCUGUCAGAGCAUGUAUCUACUCAAAAAGCACUCUGAUCCCUUUCCCUAUGUGUAUUAUUAUCUUGAGCCUUUCCUCUUGUUUUACCUCCAAAGCAUAGUUUGUGUUUUUAAAAUAUUUGAUAUCACUUUCUCUUCUCUUAUUACCAAUAUUUCUAAAAAUGGGGUAUAUUGUUGAGAUGCACUCUUUCUGAUUAGUAGAUGUAUUCCUAAGGAGCUUUGACAUUGUUAAAGUUUAUUUUUCAUGUAAAAUAAUUACUUUAACUUUUCUUUAAACA